UGGAAACCAUGGCGUUUACUUGGACUGUCUGACGCAGGGUACCCGAAAAAAAUAACACAUAUAUAACCAGCCAGCGCUGCAUAUUCAUAACGAUAGACCCGGAUUCUGUGAAAACUGAAAAUGGGGUCUCGGAUCAAAGAGAGCCCAGAGUCCACUUUUGAAGUAUAUGUCGAAGUGACCCAUCCUGGGACCACAGGCUCAGAUCCUGAGGUGCGGCGGCUGUUCCCUGAGGACUACAUCGACCAGGAAACUCUUCAGACUCUGACCAAGUUCUGCUUCCCCUUCAACGCAGACAGUCUGACGCUCAGUCAGGUGGGGCAGAACUUCACCUUCGUGCUGACAGACAUCGAGAGCAAACAGAGGUUCGGUUUCUGCCGUCUAUCGUCAGGAGCUCGUAGCUGCUUCUGCAUCCUAAGCUAUCUCCCCUGGUUUGAAGUGUUCUACAAGCUCCUCAACAUCCUCGCCGAUUACACCACCAAAGGCCAGGACAGCCAGAGGAAGGAGCUGCUGGAAAGACUGCAUACACUACCCGUCCCUGAGCCAGGCGUGCCUGUUCAUCUCAGUGUGCAUUCCUAUUUCACUGUGCCUGACAUCAGAGAACUGCCCAGCAUACCAGAAAAUAGAAACCUAACAGAAUAUUUUGUAGCGGUAGAUGUGAAUAACAUGCUUCAUCUGUAUGCUAGUAUGCUUUAUGAACGUCGAAUCAUCAUCUGCUGUAGCAAACUAAGCACUUUAACUGCCUGUGUUCAUGGUUCGGCGGCCAUGUUGUACCCAAUGUAUUGGCAGCAUGUUUACAUUCCUGUCCUCCCUCAGCAUCUCAUCGACUAUUGCUGUGCCCCUAUGCCCUACCUCAUCGGAGUGCAUUCCAGCCUAAUGGAGAAAGUGAGAGGCAUGGUUCUGGAGGACGUUGUGAUGCUCAACGUGGACACCAACACGCUGGAGACGCCGUUUGAUGAUCUUCAAAGUCUUCCUAAUGAUGUGGUGUCCUCUCUGAAGAACAGGCUGAAGAAGGUGUCCACCACCACUGGGGACGGCGUGGCUCGGGCCUUCCUCAAAGCACAGGCCGCCCUCUUCGGAAGCUACCGGAACGCGCUAAAGAUCGAGCCGGAGGAGCCAAUCACUUUCAGCGAGGAGGCCUUUGUGGCUCACCGGUCCAGUGGCAUGCGGCAGUUCCUGCAGAGCGCCAUCCAGCUGCAGCUCUUCAAGCAGUUCAUCGACGGCCGCUUGGAGCUCCUGAACUCUGGGGAGGGCUUCAGCGAUGUCUUUGAAGAAGAGAUCAACAUGGGAGAGUAUGCCGGCAGUGACAAGACCUAUCACCAGUGGCUGUCCACGGUUAAGAAAGGCAGCGGUGCCAUAUUUAACACGGUGAAAACAAAGGCUAACCCAGCUAUGAAAACAGUCUACAAAUUUGCAAAAGAUCAUGCAAGAAUGGGGAUAAAGGAAGUGAAGAACCGUUUGAAGCAAAAGGACAUGACCGAAAACGGCUACGCGGUCGCGGGCGAAGACGUAGCACAGCACACCGCGGGCUCGCCCUCCGCCGAGAGGAAGGAGGUCCGGCCGCGGGACGAGCGGAGGCCAAUCACGGUGCACUUUGGGCAGCCCGCACGAGUGCCACCCCCCAGGCCCCCACCCCCCCGGCUCCAACGCAACAUAAGGCCCGCCCGCCCUCCGCGCCCCCUGGUGGUGAAGAGGCCCCGCAGCAAUGUGGCCCUGGACACCCGCCGCACCUCCGCCUCCAGCCCCGAGCACUUUGUCCGGCCCACACGCCACUACACCGUCUUCCUGUCAGAGGACUCGUCGGGGGAUGAGUUUCAGCAUGAGCACGAGGAGGACUCUGUUUCCGGCUUCUCUGAAAACUUCCUCUUCUCUGCUCCCUUUGAAUGGCCGCAGCCUUACAGGACCCUGAAGGAGGCGGACCUCGCGGAGGCGGAGGAGGGGCAAGGGGCGGAGCGUGUCCAGGGUCACACGGCGCCCCCUAGCCCCGUGGCCGACAAGAUCACGGAGAUCAACCUCCUGGAUGACAUCUUCGGCCUGGAGGGGGAGCUGGAGAGCCAGACCCUCACCCUGGCCAAAAGCCUGGAGGAUCUGCGCACUCCCAAAGACCCCGACGCUCUGAGGGAGCAGGCCAAGUUCAGCUACCAGAGGAUGGAUCUGAGUGGAUCAGAACGCACACGCACGCUGCCUACCCUCAAGCACUCAAACCCCUACAACAAGCUGUGGAGCCUGGGCCAGGACGACAUGGCCCUGCCCUGCACGUCCACGCUGAGCUGGGACCGGCCGCUGUCCGUGCCCCCGCCCGAACCUGCGGAGCCCGCCCCGCCCGUGGCGGAGGGCCUCGCUGCCAGCCAGGACCGGGUGGACACGGCCGGGGGGAGCCAGAGCAACAUCACCAUCCCCCGGCCCCAGGGCCGCAAGACGCCUGAGCUGGGCAAGGUCCUGGGGCCCCCCGGGCACCUGUCCCGGGCCCCCAAGCACCCCGCCUCUUCCGCCGCGGACCCCACUUCCCAGGCGGACGCGGGGGUGCGUGCCGGGGGGCAGGAGUUCCGGCAGGCGCUCAACAUGUCCCCCCUUUCGUCCCAGCGCUCCAGUCCGGACAUCCUGAAGCCCAUCCGGGUGAGCAGCGACAGCAUGGACCUCCUCAGUCUGCUGGACCCCCUCAGUGCCGCAGAGGGCCCCGCGCAGUCCCACGCCCUCCCGCCACCGGGGGGCGCCGCCUCCCCCGGCCCCGCCCUCCUCACCUCCAUCCGGGAGGACUCUCACCCGUUCCCCCCGCCGCGCGUCUACCCCCAGGCCCUGCCCCCGUUCCCUCAUAUCUCCCUCAACCCCUUCACCCACCCGCUGCACUACCCCCCCACGGCUCCCCCGCACAGACACUACCCCCCUCCGGGGGCCAACCCUUUCAGCUCGGCCUACAUGCCCCCCGCCGGGUAUUUUCAGACGUCCCCUUACGGCCCCGCCGGCCUGCCGUCGGUGUACCGCCAGCCGUCGCCGGGGGCGACCGGGUUUGUCCAACAGAGCCCCGUCCAGACGCGUCCCGCCUUCCCCCUGACCGCCACCCCGACCGGCCUGCAGGACCGCCAGCCCCCCACCGCCCCCGUCCCCAGCCCCCGCGAGACGCUGCCGGCCUUGCCAAAGCCCCCCCACGGUGGGGAGGACGCCCAGGACAGGGUGGAGCCCCCCCAGGACCCGUUCGGCGACCUUCUGCCUGCGACCAAACCCGCCGCCGCCCCCAAGAGGCGAGUGGAGGACCUGCGCAGGCGAUGGGAGACGUUCGAUUAGCAUCGGGAAGCUACGGCCGGAGCCGCUCUGCUGACCAGCGACGGACUUUGAGAGUCAGGGGAACUCGGAGUGAAGUCCUGAGGGGAGGGCCGUUUCCCUUCCCCCGCACCCCCCCAUGGGCUGGCCAGGCAGUCACAUGACCCCCCACCCCCUCCCCACUGUGUUUCUAAGAGCCACUUUUAUCUCCUCCUCACAGGAAGUCAAACUGAGCCUGGCCCUCUACAGGACUCGCGCUCCCUGCUGGUGUGUUUUUCACAGUAAUUUUGCAGGUUCAGCUUCUCCUCUGCCUCUAUUAAUGUUCGCUUGUGCUGGAGUCGGUGAGUGUGUCGCCCUAGACGGCGGUCCGAGGCUGGAGGCUCCGGGACUGGGUCCGGACCGCCUUGCUUCAGUACUUCUGAGUAAAGCUCAGCAGCUUCACUGCAAAGCUCCUUCGUAGAACAGCUAGCAUACUGCCUUUUAGUGCGUCCCUCUUGUCGUCUUCAGCUUACGGCAUACAGAUCAAUGGUCCGCUACAAACGCAUAGUUCUCAUUAGAAUUUCCUUAGAAUCGUUCAACAAAGACCUUGCUCUCCUGCGACAGGUUUUUAACGAAGAACAAACACAGAUACUUUCGUGUUUUUGUUUUUUUCCUCCCUCCACGGAACUGAGGAAGAGCAGCCCUUUCAUAUCUGCGUGAAGCAGGUCAUUCGACCAAAAUGUUGACAAAAGCAAGUGACCUUUUUCAGGUGCGUGUGCGCCAGGGGGAGAACAGUGUUGGUGUCACUACAUAUUGUGUUUCAUUAUGCAAAUUCACUCUUCUCUUUUUCCCAAACAUUUACAGUGACUCACCCGCUCCGUUUUAGCAAGCUUCAAAGACAAAACCGUGGCCGCUUCUGAAUUCAUUAUUGUACAGUAUACUCAUUGUAUUACCAAAUGGAAAGUGCAAACACUUAUUAUUGUGUAAAUUAUGCUUGUGACAUAAUUUGUGUUCUAUUUAAAUUGCCACUUCGCUGUGUUCAUUCCGGCCUUGUAGAGUAGGACUUGUCACCUGAUUGUUCAUAUAUUUUUUGUCUCUUUUUUAUGUUGCCUCACAUUCUGUUUACUUGUGUCUUUAGGACAAUCAUUGGCUACUGAGAUACACGCAUGGAGAAUUGUACUCAUUUUUGUACUCGUGCUGCUAAAGUGAAUUCCCUUAACCCCUGUCCAUAUUAUGAGGCUGUGUGUAACAUGAAAGGGCACCUUGGACUGGUCUAUGGAAAUUUGUCAUUAGUUUUCCUUGACAGUGGUCAUUUAACCCACAUGUAUGUAAGCACAUAUAUCUGUGUAUGUGCGUGAGUGCGCAUGCGUGCGUGCUUGUGUGUGUGCGUGCGUGUGCGUGCAGUCCUACACAAACGAAACCUUUUUUAUUGAACUAUUCUAGAGAACAUUAGGGAAAUUGCUGUUUCGGUGACAUCCUAAGCACACACAAGCAGAUUGUUUCUUACAAAGUUAAGUUGCAAGACCUUGGCCAGUCAUUACUCUGGAAUUUACUGUAUAAGGAAAACCCAUCUGUGACAAAACCCCAUUACAGAAUCUGUUAACCUUUUGGUCUGCCCCUUUCUUUUGUCAUUAUUCUAUUCAUAAUAGCUCAUUUACAAGAAUAAAUAUCAAUAACAACUUACAACUGUUAACUCUUACCCGAGGACACACCUGUCUCUACUCAAGGGAUUCAAGGCAAUAAAUUACAGCAUGUGGUGAAUGUGGAACUGCAGUACCUGAGAACUGCCACAUGGGGGCAUUUUCAGAUUGUUGGAUGUCCAACUGUUAUCUGUCUGUGCUUGAUGCUGACGGUGUUUGUUGAUAAAGUGGAGGGAGUGGGGACAUUGUGCUGCUUGAUGACUGAAUACUGCUUAGACUGAACACUUGAACACUGGAUAUGAUUCCCCUACAACCUGAACAAAUAACGAUGGCUCAUUAACUCUCACUGCACCCAUCCGCUGCGCAGUUGUGCUUGUGGGUUUCAAAUUUAAAGUGGGGCAAAAAGUGCACAUUCUCACCAACGACAAGUAAAGUAACAACUCUACGUUUGUUUCCAGUUCCUGUUGAUAUGGUUUGUUUAAUUGUGUACAGUAUGGGGUGGGGUUUAUUAUUGUUAUCAUUUUAUCCUUUUUUAAUAUGCAUAUAUAUAAAAUUUAAGUAUUUGAAAUAAUUGGUGUUAUGUAUGAAUGUGCAUAAACAUCUAUAUAUUAUUUUCCACUUGUACAGUAAGACCACAGUAGUUUUAAAUUCAACCAAGUCAGGAACCAGGAGUAAUAAAUCGUAUGCUAGGGCAAUUGGAUGGGUGUUGUUGUUUGGCGUCCUCAGUUUCACAUGUAAAUUUGUGCUUUUUUAUUUAUUUAUUUAUUUGCAAUGGCAUGCAGUUGUAUUCAUUAUACAUGUAAGAGGAUAACGUGUUCGUACCCAAAAUACACUUUGAGCAGGGAUUUGUUGUGUAAACGAGUGGUAACCAACUGCUGGUUUUCCGUUAUGAUUGUUUGGAAAGAAUUGAUUCUAAUGCUGGAAUAAGACUGUAACACUGCUAGCUGGAUUUGGCUCAUGACUCAAACAGAAUUUUGAGUUUAGGCCUACUUUGUAAUAAAUGACUGAGUUUGUCAGAAUUGAGUCAAUUGUAUACUGGUUUAACACUAGUUUUUUACUAUAUAUUGGAUUGGAAAGUCAAUUUCAUUGUCAGAACUGAGGUACUACAUAUAGAGCCUGUUCGUUCAGUAAUACAAAUUUGAAUUUGGGGGUAUUGUAAGGGAAUUCCGUUUGAAAAUCAGAAAUGAUUUUUCUUCCGUCCGACAGACUACAUUGCAGGAAAGACAGCGCAUCAUGAGACUGCCUAGAUCCUCAGAGUGUGUGCCACUGCACCAGUGCACAUGCCUGGUCAGGUUCGUGACUGAUAUUCUCAGCUUUGAAUUGUCAGAGCAGUAAGUGUUACUUUGUGAUAGACACUUAACCUCUGAAAAGAUGCUGCAAAAUAGUGAGUGCGAAGUCGUAUCUAAAAGUUGCCUUAUCAUAACCGACACAGUUUAGGGACUCAUACCAUGCCAAAAAUUUGCCAUUGAGUGUCAUACACUAAGUUGACUUUGUUAUUGCUUUAUCAGUUGUCAUUUCAAGCUUUUUUAGAGCACAUUCUAUAAGGCUGUGAAAUAAUAUGCCCUCUAUUGUAAUAUUAAGCACUUUGCAGUUUACUUUGGGGAUAUGUUUAUUUUUAUUUUCCCAGUUUCUCUGUUUACUUUUUUUGUGCACCAGUGUUAAAUGGCAUGAUUUUAGACUCACCCUAUCAUUUGUCGUUUGCACUUUGUUCUUGUUUAUGCUUGAUUAUGAAUGUGUUAUUCUGUGUUUGUUUCAUGUUUGCAGUGAGCCUUUCUGUUUUUGAUUUGUUUGUUUUUUUGGGGUUUUUUUUUUUUCGUUUUUUUUCUGUGGACCAACUGUGACAGGUCUUUAAAGAUGUAUAUUUCGUUUACUGUCUGUACUGCUGAUAUUGUCAGGUCUCUCUGUAUCUUUUCCACCAUGCUGUCCUUUAGCAGAUUGAUGGACCAGUCCCGUUUAUAAGCACUUUCCCCACCAGAGGCUGUGAUUCACAGGUCACAACUAUUUCUCUGUUACAAUAUUUAUUUACCGAACACAAAAUGUACUUCCAGCAGUGACGCUGCCCACACGCUAAGGGAAAGGACACAGUCACCUUUGACCUCACAGUAUUUACAAGACAUCCCCAAACCUCUGUCAGGUUAUUGAAUUCACAAUAAUGAGUACAUGGAAAAAAUAAAGUAAGCAUUUUCCUUGA